AUGCGAGAGGGAAGGACCGGUAGGGUCGGGGCUGCUCUAUCAAGUGCGGCAGAACGCACGAUAGGGCGUGCAGGGUGGGCAGUUCUGGCUGCUUCAAGUAUGGCUGGACUUGUCAUAUUAGCAGGGAUUGCACUUCUACUACCAGCACCACCUCGGUAUUUGAUUGGAUUUUCUUCCAUUGCAAUCAUAUGGCCACAAGCUGCUCACGAUGCAGAGUUGGCUGUCACAUCAAAUAUUAGUCCAGAAGGCGUGGAGAAAACUGGUGCUCGUGCUGAUACCGCAUCACCUUCUAGUAUGCAGGUGACUGUAGAUGGAGGUGGAGUUGCUGCACCUUUGAUGUCAAUGGCAGACAAUGCUCUUGCUGUUGCAGCUUCCCAUCGCAUGGUUUGCCCAAAGAACCCUGUGAAUUUCAAUGUUGACAAUGUGAGAGUUGCAAAACCUAUAGGGGGAGGUCUACAUAACUGCACAACAGUUAGAGGAAUGGUCUUAAAGGGUGAUACUGUAGGGAGUAUAAAGAAAAUAGACAAGGCAAAGGUGGUUGUGAUAGCUGGUGGUGUUGAUACAACUGCAACUGAGACCAAAGGAAAUAUCCUCAUUCACCGUACUGAACAGUGGAAUCCUGAUGAUCUUGGAUAUGUUGACACCAUUUCCGUAGAGGAUAUUGAUGGUGCUAGGGUGAUUGUUGUUAGAAACGAACAAGGUGGGAACUCUGUGACAAUGGUUUUGCUGCGUGGAAGUACAAAUAGCAUACUUGAUGAUCUGGAAAGGGCUGUUGAUGAUGGUGUAAAUACUUACAAGGCGUUAUGCAAGGACAAUAGAAUUAUGCAUGGAGCUGCAGCCACUGAAAUUGAAUUAGCAAGAAAACUGAAGGAGUUUUCUUUCUUGGAGACAGGAUUAGAUCAGUAUGCAAUUGGAAAAUUUGUAGAGAGCUUUGAAAUGAUACCAAAAACAUUAGCUGAGAAUGUUGGGCUUAAUGCUAUGGAGAUCAUAUCUACUUUAUAUGUGGAUGAUACCAAUGGAAAUGUCAAAGUUGGUAUAGAUUUAAAGGAAAUAGCGCGUAAGGAUGUCUCUACAUUGAAGGAAAUCAUAUCAUUAUUUCUUGUGUUGUGUUUACAGGGUUGA